CGGGUUUUGAACGACAUGGGGGACAUUCUCAUAAUGGACACAGAACUUUCUAAAAUUGAUGACAACUGUGGCGAUCACUCCACUACUGAACAGGGCAUGGAAAAUACACAACAGUCCUUGGAGCCCUGUGAGAAACCUGACGAUAAACAGUCAAAAUCUAUGCGGGAUUCUGGUUUAGAUACAGACGCACUGGUUGAUGUUGAGAGCCAACCAACGUAUAAGGAGGGCGAUAACAGUGAGAUCUUGGAAAAAAAGCCCGACACAAUGGCUGAGACACCUGAAGAAGAGGAAAAUCCAAAACAAAAAGCACAAAAGAAGAAACCCAGAAAUCCAUUUAUGCCCCAAGUUGCCGCCAAGAACAAAACAACACCGAAGAAGAAUGAAAACCAAAAUGAAGACAGUGGCAGUGACCUUGCAGAGACUAAAGGCCACAAGAAGUCCCUCAUGGAAUGGCUAGAUGAGUUCCGUUUAAGUGAAGCUCAAAGAGAGGAUGAGGAGGAUCUUGAUGGCCUCAUGGAUUGGUGGAACACUGUGGAACAAUGGGAGGACAUGCCCAAAAGUGACAACAUGACAGAGAAAGAGGAAGCCAAGGCUUUUGCUGUAACAGCUGAAAAGGUGCAAAAGGGCAUACGAGUGUUUAACAAACUUUUCUCAGAACGGGCGGAAGGACUGUGGCAGCAUGUGAUCGACCUGCAUGCCAUUGCUGAUGGCCUGGACCGCUUCAACAAGAAAACCAAGAUUGCCCAGAUCACUGGUGGCUCCACUAGUGCUGUGGGAGGUGUUGCUACCAUAACUGGCCUCAUCUUAGCACCUUUCACAAUGGGAACCUCUCUAAUCGUCACUGCGGUUGGCUUGGGUGUUGCCAUGGCGGGUGGUCUUACCUCUGCAUCCGCUGGGAUAUCCAAUACCGUCAACAACUCUUUGGAUCGCAAGAAGGUGGAGCGCAUUGUGGAAGACUACCAGGCGAAGAUGGCUGACCUUAACAAAUGCAUGAAGUUCAUCAAGCAAGGCAUUACAAAUCUACGCAAGUUCAACCUGAAUAAGAUGAAGAAGCAUGCAUAUAAUCGCGACUUCCCUUGUUUCGACAAUAUCUAUGAGGACGGCGCCAUGGCGGGCAAAGCUAUUCUAACCAGUGCCAAUGAGAUUAUGCGUGUAAUGCAGGUAGCCAACGCGGCGGGAACCACUGCGGCACGUGCUGUGCAGAUCGCUAGUAUAUCCACAGGUGUUCUGACGGGGCUUUUUGUUGGGAUGGACAUCUAUUUUGUGGCCAAGGACUCCCAUGAGCUGAAAAAUGGUGCAAAAUCAGAAUUUGCUGCCAAGAUUAGAGAGGUGGCAGAUCAGCUGCAUGAGGGCUUAAUGGAACUUAACAUAAUCCGAGAUGAGUUGCGGUUGAGCACCACUCUGAAAGAAGACAAACCGUCUCUGUACGCAUGGGAACCUAAGGAAAAAGCAGAUUCAAUGUCCAGGCGUUCAGAUGUAGUUGAGCACUCAUCUGAGGCGAGACAGUACAUGUUUAAGGGUGCAGUAACAGGAAGCUUUCACACUAAGGAUGAGAAUGGUGAACUCAUGGGCAGUAAUGACAGUCCAGAGAACAGCAAAAUUAAGAACAAGCUAACUGAGUGUGAGCUGUCAGGUCUUAAUGAUCAACCAACAGGCAACAAUAACCCAAAGGGGAAAGCUGCUGUUUUCAGUCGGUUGUUUAACAGAACUUCUAAAAAGUGGACAAGCCUCUCUGCACAAGAGGAUGGCUUCACUGCUGACACCAACAGUCCGUCCAGCCAACACAGCCUUAAGGAAGAACUAUCAUUACAACAUGGAGAACUCUCAGCUGGCAAUCACAACCAAACACAAAACACAAACAACAAGGAAGAACUAGCAUUGAAAAAUGAAGAUUUUCCAGGCAGUGACAGACUUGAGAGAAAUUCCCUGUUUAAUUUUCUUAAAACAUCUCCUAGAGGAACUGAGGAUACUUAUGAAGAGGACAGCCCACCAUUACACAUUAAACUGCUGGCCAGUAAUGACAGUCUCUUAUAUCUCUCUAACAACAACAUAAAGGAGAACUCAGGGAAGCUAAGUGGCACUUUCCGCAGUUCCCCAAAACCAGCAUUACGUUUUCCUGCUGACACGGAUCCGCUAAGUGAGCACAGUAAAAUUAUAGAUUGGGAUUAUAACUUCUUGGACAAUGGCAUUGAAAAGAAAUCUAUUGCAGUGCCCAGAAAAUGCCAUGAUGAGAAACUCUCCAACAGUAAUAACAAGGUUGUGUCAUUUAGAGUGAAAAGAACUCUACCUAGAAUGUCCACAUUUUCAUCCAGUACGCAGGGUUUAGAUGAAGAAGAUAUAAUUGAGGAGCCAGUGGAAAUGCAGAAACUGGGGACAAAUGAGGACUGUUCUUUUGAAAUCCUGCCAGUGGAGAUGGCUGCUUACCCAACAGAUUCAAAUGUUUUAGAGACAGAUGAGGAUGAUGACCUGAUGGACUGGUGGGAAACUGUUGAGGGUUGGAGUGUGUGGAAUGAAACUGCAAAUUUUCAGGAGGAUGAUAAGGAGCUGGCUGUUGAGGCUGCUGCAGACCGCGUGUUCAUGGCGGCCCGUCUCUUCGUCAGUCUGUUCAACCAGCGUGGAGCCUCUCUGCAAUGUCGCAUUUUAGAAUUGCUGGCUCUGGCAGACACUGCUGACAACUUCCAUAAGAAGACUGUGAGCGCAGCUGUGGGAGGGGGCGUAGCCAGUGUGGCAGGGGGCAUAGCCACCAUUACUGGCCUCAUCCUGGCACCCUUCACCUUUGGCACUUCCACUAUCGUCACUGCAGUGGGUAUCAGUGUGGCAACAGCUGGAAGCAUCACCUCAGCCACAGCUAACAUCACCGAUGCUGUUCAAUCAAAGAUGGAUCGCAAGAAGGUGGAGAAGAUGAUCCAGGGCUACCAGAAUGAGAUCAAUGACAUCAGAGAUUGUCUGGAGUUCAUGCAGGAAGGAAUGAACACCCUGCAGGAAUGGGAUUUUAGGGGGUACUCUGAGAGUGUGGUUAACACGAGUCUUAGCCGUAACAUAAAGUAUGUGAUGAAGGAAGGUGGACGAGCAGGUAAAGCUCUUAUGAUAAACACAGAUAGGCUUAUCAGCACUGUGAAAGUUCUAGGUGUUGCUGGAGGUGCUGCCAAAGCCGCCAAGGCCAUCAGUAUAACUACAGGGGUAAUGUCCACUCUCUUCCUUGCCCUGGAUGUCUUUUUUCUUGCCAAAGACUCCAAUGAACUUCGCAGAGGUGCCAAGACCAAAUUUGCCUCCAAGCUCCGAGAAGUCUGCAAAGAGCUACAACAUGGCCUACUGGAACUAAACAAAGUGAAGACUCAGCUUCAAAAGACCAUGGAUGGAAUUGAAGUGGAAGAAUACGAGGAAGAGGAGGAGGAUGAAGACCAAUGUGAGUCAGAUCCCGUUAAACUGGCUCUGCUUGAGGAAGAAAUCGAUCAGUUGGAGGAGAAACUGGACCAGAAAACUAAGCAGCAGCAAAUGAACCAAAGCAAGAGAGGAGAUGCUGAGAAAGAGACCCCAGAAAAGAAAGAAAAUGAGGAGUCUUAUCAGACUUAUCAAAUAGAAGGUGGGAAGAAACAAAAAUGAAGAGGAAUAAUGCAGUUGAUUUAAAAAAGACUUGGAAUGAUUUAAAAUAUAGAAAAAAGAAGACUUUACACGGAUGUUGAAGGAGAAGUUCACUUCCAGAAUGUCCAGAAUGAAAACUUCCUAGUAAUUUACUCAACCCCAUGCAAGAUGUUCACCUCUCUUUCUUCAGUCAAAAAGAAAUUAAGGUUUUUGAGGAAAAC